AAGAAGCAGCAGCAGCAGCAGCAGAAAAAGAAGAAGAAGAAGACGAAGAAGAAGACAGCUGAUCCUCUAAUCCACUCUCCUGUUCGGCUUUGUUUUUAGCAUUAUAAAGUUCUUAAAAUCAAGACAUGAUGUGAAAAUAUAAGUAUAGGAGACCAUAAAGAAGAUAUACAAGAUAAGCGGCCGAGCGGAGACGCACAUUAAAGUCAGACUUUACACGCACGCACGUGUGUGUGAGCGAGCGAGAGAGGGACAGAGAGAGAGAGAGGGAGAGAUGGAGCAGGGAGUGGUGGAUAGCCCGGUGGUCCUGGUCAUUAAAGCUCCUGAUCAGAAGUACGACGAUCAAACCAUCAGCUGCUUCCUCAACUGGACGGUGGAGAAACUGAAGAGCCAUCUUUCCAACGUUUAUCCCAGCAAACCUCGCUCGAAGGAUCAGAGGCUGGUGUACUCCGGAAAGCUCCUCCAGGAUCACUGUAAACUCCGAGACGUGCUCAGAAAGCAGGACGAGUUCCACAUGCUGCAUCUGGUGUGUGCUUCACGCAGUCCUCCUCCGUCACCCACCACACACAGGAGAAGUAGCAGCAGCAACCAGCCGACGAACUCUAACACCUCCGGAAGUCCCGCCCCUACAGAUCAUGUCCAAUCAGCUUCCUCAGCUCCUGAUAGGCGGAGUCUGAGCUCUAGUUCCAGCUAUACUCAUCCAUCAUCAGACGGGUCAGCGUGGACGCAGUGGUUUAAUCAGCACAGACACAACAGCAACACACCUCACUACCCAAUGUACAACCCCCACACCCUGCUGUGGUGGCAACAGCUCUAUACCUGGCACUGCCACAUGACCUAUCAAACGUGGGUCGCCUCGCUCAGUCCAUCCCAGCAAUCGGUCACACCCCCAGAUCCCCCUAUCAGAGAGGCGCAGGCCGUUGCCCGUGACGACCCCCGGAACGCGCCGGUUGGGGCGGGGCUGAACGAGGAGGAUCUGAACCGUGAUUGGCUGGAUUGGGUGUAUGCAGCGUCUCGAGCGGUCGUCCUCCUCAGCCUCGUUUAUUUCUAUUCAUCGUUCAGCCGAUUCGUCAUGGUAACAGGAGCCAUGCUGCUGCUCUACCUGCAUCAGGCGGGUUGGUUACCCUUUAACCUGGACAAUGAGCUGCAGGACCUCGCUGAACCGGCCAAUCACAAUCAGGAUGAGCCAAACGCAGACAAUCGCAACAACACGGAUCAGCUGGCAGAUGAAGGUGAGGAUGAGGAGGAACAGCGAGAGGGACCAGAUGAUGAUGAUGAUGAUGACGAGGAUGACUAUGAUGAGGAUGAUGAUGAUGAGGGAUGGGUGAACAUGGGAUUCCUCUCCUCCACUUGGUCCUUCAUCACCACCUUCUUCGCAUCUCUGAUCCCUGAGGCCGUUCCCAAUGCAGUGAACUGACCCUGAGCUUGACCCCUGACCCUGAGCUUGACCCCUGACCCUGAGAUAUCUCUCCAUCUCUUAAACAACCCUACAGAAAUGACCAGGACUUGAGCAGAGAAGAGCAUGUCCGGACAAACCUCACCAAAUCUCUGAUAGGAAGCUGUGAGUGUUAUAAACAAACGUCACACACACGUUUCCUCAGUAUAUCAUGAACGUAUUGUGAAGACUGAUCCUCAACCUUGUGCGAAGUGGCUCACACCAUGGACUUGUUAGCUUUUAAAAUUGCAUUUUAUAAUCCUCUCGCGUGUUUCUGUCCUUUUAACACGUCUCUUGUAAUUAAGAAUCCUUCUUAGAGCCUCAAAGAGGGACGUCGAACAAACAACAGCAUCUGUGCACUUUAUAUUUCUAAAAAAAAAAAAAAAAACAGAGCGAGUGUGUGUCGGUGUGUGUGUCUUCACAAGAGCUGUCCCAAUUUCCCCUGUUUUUAAACACUAAGUGUACUGCUGAUGACAUGAAGUGUUCUUCAGCAUUUUUUUACAUUCAUUUUUAAUCCUUCACCUGCUUGUUCUUGUAUCAUCUUUCAUUGUCUUCAUUUAUUCAAAGGCUUUUCACACACGGUUGAAAAAAGGUUGCAGAGGAAGUCGGAGCUUUUCUGAAAACCAAGCGUGAAUGCAUCAGCCUUUUUUCCCUAGAAUCAAAGAGAUGUCUGCAGUUCAUUGAAAAUUCCACGGCGCAAUUUGUGUCUUUUUUAAGAUGUUUAAUGAUUCUGCAACGUGGUUAUUAAUUAAGAGCUUUAGGGUUUGGAUUAUGGCCUGUGUUAAACUUUAGGAAAUGGGAGGGAAAAAUAACUACACAAACGUUUAAUAAAGACAUUAUCAUCUUACCAAGACAUUAAUUCUUAUCUAAACUAAAUUACCCAAAUUCAGAUUCGAUGAUUCUGUACAAGAUUCAUUUGUUGAAAGUCAAAAGGUGACCCACUUUAGAGUUGUGUAUCCGAAACUACUAAAAAAUGUGCCAUGGUUCCUUUCUGCCAGAUCUAAAUUUGCACUUUCCUUGUUUGUGGUGCAUGUAACAUGCAAUAUACACUCACCGGCCAUUUUAAUAGGAACACCUGUACACCUGCUCAUUCAUGUAAUCAUUUAAUCAGCCAAUCAUGUCCCAGCAAAACAGGAAAUGUGAGGCUACAUUGGGCACGGGUUCACUCAAACUGGACCAAUGAUGUUUUUCCAAUCGUCACCUGUCCAGUUUCAGUGAGCCUGUGCCUGUUCUUGGCUGACAGGAGUGGACCCCGAUGUGGUCUUCUGCUGUUGUAGCCCAUCUGGCUCAUGGUGAUGCUUUUCUGCUCACCACGGUUAUAAAGAGUUGUUAUUUGAGUUACUGUAGCCUUCCUGUCAACUCAAACCAGUCUGCAUGGUGUUAUGCAUUGUUCUGCUGAUUGGCUGAUUGCAUGAAUCAACAGGAGUAAAGUAGCCGGUUACUAUAAGGAAUAGCUUUUAAUUUAGAGUUUUUUGGGGUAAACAUGCAAACACAUUUUUACACGUGGAAGUGUCAGUAUUGUUUCAUUCGCCUGGGGUAGUGAACCAUGGUCCAUUUAUUUUUGCAGCAGUAUGUGUGUGUGUUUCUCAUUGUUUCAGACCCUCACGGUAUUAAAGGUACUCAAGAGGCUGACGUUUAUUUGCUGGUUAUUCCUGCAGUUACGAUGACAGCAAACUGGCAUUUGCAGUAAAAUUUUAGAAAUCUGAGUUAGUUAUGAGGCAGCGAAGUGACAAAUCCAAUAAAUGAUCUACUCUCAGUUGCCAUUCAAUAGAAAUCAUGUAACCAGAGUCCCAUAUUUUAUUUUAUUAAGAUACUUUUAAAGCCGAAGUAACAUGGUGUUAUAUAGUGUAUUAAUUAUAUGGUGCGUUUACCAUAUCAUGAUUUCUUAUCUGCUUUCUGAGCCACGCCCACAAACGACAAAAUUAGCAGCCGCUAGAUGCUCACAAGAGACAAACCUGGACUAACAUGGGAGCAGCUGGAGCGUGCUAGAGUUUCACUUGACCGCCCAAAACAUUCAGCUUACUAUGUAGGUCCAUUCAAUAAGAAACAAGUUUUAUUUUUAGUUGAUUUUACAUGAUUCAAAAAUUCUUCCAGGCACGUAACAUGUUCGCAGUGUGAUAAGGCUUUGUGAUAAGAGGUCAUAUUGUACACCUGCAGCAUGGAUAGGGCUUUUAGCUUCAAACUGGAAUGGAGUGUGUGUGUGUGUGUGUGUGUGAUGGUGAUUCUAACUCCAAAUUAUCCAAAGUGUUUGAGCAAACAUUUUAUUCUCAAGUGCUUCAGUGUGAAUAUGAGUGAUUGGUUCAGAAAGAUGGCAGUGUUAUUAAUAUGCGUAUUUAUCCAGUCAGCCAAUCAUGUGGCAGCAGAACAGGAAUCUGAGGCUACAGUGUCUGACAGGACUGGAACCUGAGGUGGCCUUCUUCUGUUAGAGCCUGUAUUGUGUGUUUUGAGAUGCUUUUCUGCUCACUACGGUUGUAAAGAGUGGCUAUUUGAGGAACUAUAGACUUCCUGUCAGGUUGUAGCAGUCUGACCAUUUACCUCUUAAGGAAGCAAUGUAGAAAAUACAUUUUAUGCAUCAUUUGAUUGGUAUUUUGUUGCUUUAGAGUUUAGAGUUUCAGUUUUUGAUGAAUAUGUUUAAAAGGUCGGAAUAUUCCAGGAUGCGUGACAUACAAGAGAGACGGGUGAAACUUAUUUUGGGAUUUCUAGCGAACAGUUUUGCACAACUGUACGAAACUUAAUAAAAGUUAUAACUUAAAACCACAGAAUUUAGAUUUUGAGGAUAAUGUCAUUAUGUUCUCAGUUUAAAAAAAAAUUGGUCUAAUUAGAAACCAGAUGUCAGGGUCUAAAUCACUAGAGGGCGACAGAGCACAAGCUACAGAUUUGAGACUGUGGUUUUGCACAUGACAACACCAUAAAUGUAUAAAGCUGGUUCAAAUGUAAGAUGCAAACUGAGUGCUCAUUUCACUCUUGGACAUUUCAUACAUAAGUUACUUGUGCAUUGAUUUGUGAAGGCAUAAAAAUAUUCAAAUUUUUGACAGUUUUCAUCCUACAAAAAUGAAACUUAAUCAGGCUUGAUGUACUGAUUGUACUAUAUUUAUUAUGACAAUUUUGACCAAAAUGAAAUAAACUUUAAAAAAAACUCUAAAAUGCUUUGUGAAUUAUACACACAAACAAGGAGUUAUUGAGUUUCAAUCAAAUUCAUCACCUCUGUGUGUCACUGAAAUAAAAACCCAAUUAUACAGAA